GUGAGUACUAGCGAGGUCUAGAUGUCGAUAUGGCCACACCUUGUUGGGUAUCAUGUUCUCCUUCUUGGUUUUUGUUUGUGCAGUUUUAGAGCAACAUUAACAGAGCCCACCCAACCUCAGAGCACUUUGGCUGAUUAAACCAUCCUCAGUGGAUGGGUGUGAAGAGGAGGGACCAAGGACCCCCCAUCAUUGGGCGGCGUCAGGGGGAAGUGGCUCCACUCCGAGGAACUGGGAAGAAGGAUAUAUAGGGGGAAAGUCCACUGCGCACUUCUCAGAGAAACUUAAAACACAAAGUGCACCUUGCCACGGCCUUAGAAAGAAAAGGCAGAAAGAAGCCUAGCCUAGGAGCGCUCCAGUUUCCUAGCAGACUCAUCCUUGCUAACCCACCCACCCCAAACCAGGUGAGCUGCGCCCACAUCAGUCCCCUCCUCUCCCUCUUCCCUCCUAUCCUCCAUGAACUCAGCAAGAGUUGGGCAUCUUCGCUCCACUCCGCCGCCCAGUCCUCUAAGCUCCGACCAGGAUGAGGUGGAGAUCGACGUGCUGGCAGAGGAGGAAGAUGGAGAUGAGACGGAAGACGACGACGAGGAGGAGAGCGGUAAGUGCCUGGAGCGAUCGGUGCAGAGGCCGGGAGCCGGCACUCUUCCUGGGAGGAGCGCGGAGGACGGCGGCGACCUGAGCAACUCCUCCGGGUUCCUCCGCAAGUUCCGAGCGCCGCGGACCCCGGCAGCCAGCACAGCCGACGGCCCGCAGCCCGCCAAGCCCCCGUAUUCCUAUAUCGCGCUCAUCACCAUGGCCAUCCUGCAGAGCCCGCACAAGCGCCUGACGCUCAGCGGCAUCUGCGCCUUCAUCAGCGGCCGCUUCCCCUAUUACCGCCGCAAGUUCCCCGCCUGGCAGAACAGCAUCCGCCACAACCUGUCGCUCAACGACUGCUUUGUCAAGAUCCCCCGUGAGCCCGGCCACCCGGGCAAGGGCAACUAUUGGAGCCUGGACCCCGCCUCCCAGGACAUGUUCGACAACGGCAGCUUCCUCCGGCGUAGGAAGCGCUUCAAGCGCCACCACUCACCUCCGGGAGGCCACCCGCACUGCCCUUUCCCUCCACCCGCUGUGCCCGCCACCCUGCACGUCUCCCAGCCCAGCCUCCUGCUCCACUACUCCGCCCCGCCACAGCCUAACCUCGCAGCUCAUCCAGCCACCCCGCCCGGGAGCCGCCCGUGCGCGCCGCUGCAUCCGCAUCCCCUGCGCUACCUGCUGCUCGCGGCCCCCGCCUAUGGCGAUGCUCCUAGAAAAGCCGAAGGCGCGGGCCCUGCCACCCCCCUCGCCAUCCCUGCGCUACAGCCCGCACUGGGUUCCCAGCCUUGGGAGAGAGACCAGGGCUCUGGAUCUCGGUCCGGACGCGGGUGCGCCUCGUUCACCAUCGAGAGCAUCAUGCAGGGAGUUCCAGGGGGAGGAACUGGGUCUGCGCAGAGUCAGCCCUUCGCUCCGUGGAGCUACUGCCACCUGCUGCAGCACCCACCGUGCCUGCUGCACCCCCAGGCAGCUUCCCCUUUGUUUCACGUGUCCGCAGCUUCCCGGACAAUAUUGCCGCCGCCGCUGCUGCAGCAGCAGCAGGAACAGCAUCACUGUGCCAUUAGCUGCGCUCCGGGUAAAGGCGUGCGGCUGGGCCGGCACCUGUCCGCGGUUGCGGCGCUGCUGAGACAACAGCCUGGCCCUGAGGACGGUAGGCUGACAACCCUGGCCGCUCUUUCCGGCAGAGAGGGAACCUUGCCCGCAUUUUAAGCAGCGCCCAAGCUCAGCCUCCAGCCUGAGUCUCCUUCACACCUGGAGCCAAGUGGUCAAAUGGAACCACUCGCUUUUUAGGUUUGUAGCACCGGUCUGCCAGGCUUGUGCGUGGAAAACCAGCAGCGGAGCGCCCACCAAGUCCUUCCAAAUUGUUACAAUUGUGUUCUGCUCGCUUGACAACACAAACGCGGGAAAAUUCUGGGAUUUUAAGUCUCGCCUGAUCUUGCCCACUUCGGUUGUGGCUUCCACGGUUUUCCCGAUUUACAUACUUCCUGAGGACCUGUGACUAUGAAUGUGAGUGAGAUGCUUUGUUGCUAAUAAAACCCAAACUGUCUGCAUCACAAAAACAUCCCCAUCCUCAUUCCCUGGGAACUGCGAGUGUUCCCAGUGCCGAAUGCGAAUGCGUACGCGUACAUGCUCCAUCUUCCCGAAACCCGAAUGUAAUGCAAGUAGAGUAAUUUCAUAACACUUAUUUCUUGUAUAUACGACCUGCCCUACUCCAGCGGGGAGUGUUAAAAUUAAGCCUAGUUAUAUAGAUUGAAUAAAAUAUGAAACUAGGAUG